CUCACACACGCAUUGGGAGAGAGAGGACUCUGUUUUCUUUCUCUGCUUUUUUCUUUAUUAUACAUUAUAUACACAAAAGAUAAGCCUUUUCAGAUUUUCCUUUGGCCAUGGCUGCUCGGAGGAUUUCCCAGUUGUUCUCUCGUUCUCUCUCUCUGUCUUCUUCUUCUUCUUCUUCUUCUUCUUUGGGUUCUCUUUCUCUGCUUCGUUCUCUUGGAGGAUCUGUCCGUGGAAACAGUAUAACAAGGUUUAGCACUUCUGUAGCAGCUGAAGAAGCGAUAAUUCCACCUGUUGAAAUUGCUUAUACCAAGCACCUAAUUAAUGGCCAUUUUGUGGAUGCUGCGUCAGGAAAAACAUUUCCAACAUAUGAUCCUCGCACCGAGGAGGUGAUUGCUCAUGUCGCGGAGGGCGACGCAGAAGAUAUAAACCGCGCAGUUGCUGCUGCUCGCAAGGCAUUUGAUGAAGGGCCAUGGCCAAAGAUGACUGCUUAUGAAAGAUCGCGGAUAAUGCUGCGCUUUGCGGAUUUGGUCGAGAAACAUAAUGAUGAGAUUGCAGCUUUAGAGACAUGGAACAAUGGGAAGCCUUAUGAACAGGCUGCAACAUCCGAGGUACCGAUGCUGGCACGCCUGUUUCGCUACUACGCGGGAUGGGCUGACAAAAUCCAUGGACUAACUGUUCCCGCGGAUGGGAAAUAUCAUGUGCAGACGCUGCACGAACCGAUUGGUGUUACAGGUCAGAUAAUUCCGUGGAACUUUCCCCUUCUCAUGUUUGCUUGGAAGGUUGGACCUGCUCUAGCAUGUGGUAAUGCUAUUGUCAUAAAGACUGCUGAGCAAACUCCUUUGACUGCUCUCUAUGCAGGAAAGUUAUUGCAUGAGGCUGGUCUUCCUCCUGGUGUUUUGAACAUAGUGUCUGGCUAUGGACCGACUGCUGGUGCAGCUCUCGCAAGCCAUAUGGACGUGGACAAGCUAGCUUUCACAGGAUCGACUCGCACAGGGAAGAUUGUUCUUGAACUAGCUGCAAGAAGCAAUCUAAAGCCAGUGACAUUGGAGCUGGGAGGGAAAUCGCCAUUCAUCGUUUGUGAGGAUGCUGACAUUGACAAGGCCGUGGAGCUUGCCCAUUUUGCUUUGUUCUUUAAUCAGGGACAAUGUUGCUGUGCUGGCUCUCGCACUUAUGUGCAUGAACGUGUAUACGAUGAAUUUGUCGAAAAAGCAAAGGCGCGAGCUGUUAAUCGCAGUGUGGGUGAUCCUUUCAAGAAGGGUGUUGAACAAGGGCCUCAGAUCGAUUCGGAGCAGUUUCGGAAGAUCCUGAAAUACAUAAGAUCAGGCAUCGACAGCAAUGCUACCCUUGAGUGUGGAGGGGAUAGAAUUGGCUCCAAAGGUUAUUUCAUCCAGCCCACUGUUUUCUCAAAUGUUCAGGAUGAUAUGUUGAUAGCACAGGAUGAGAUCUUUGGACCAGUGCAAUCAAUCUUGAAAUUCAAGGAAAUUGAUGAAGUAAUAAAAAGGGCCAAUGCCACCCGAUACGGAUUAGCUGCCGGGGUAUUCACCAAGAACAUUGACACUGCCAACACGCUGACAAGGGCAUUGAAAGCUGGAACUGUGUGGGUGAAUUGUUUCGAUGUUUUCGAUGCUGCGAUUCCAUUCGGAGGUUACAAGAUGAGUGGUAUAGGCAGGGAAAAGGGAGUUUACAGCCUUAACAACUACUUGCAGGUGAAGGCUGUCGUCACUCGUUUGAAGAACCCGGCAUGGUUGUAGAAAGACUUUCAGCCUCUAUUAUCUCUCUCUUUCAAUAAUAUUGCAAAGAAAGCUGGAUAGUUCCUCUUGUGACAGAUGAUAUUGUUUGGUUAUAGUUAAGAUUUUCUGCUGUGGUUAUAGUUGUAUCUUGAAUUCUAAUAAUGCAAUAUUUUGCUAUUUCACAUGUCUGA